UAUAGACGUGGUGGACUUUUAAUUUUAAUUAACCCAUUCGGAAAAAAUUGAACAAGAAGAAAGCCGCUAAAAAAGCUCCUUCCAUGGCAGAUUCAAGCUCUUCACUCCCUCCUCUUAGCGAAAAGAUCUCAUACAAAAACUAUGUUCUAAGAGCUGUGGUUCUCACGAUCCUUGGCCUUCUCUUUUCUCUUCUCUUGUACCGGAUUCUACAUAUGAACCAAAACGACACAGUUUGGGUCGUGGCUUUUUUCUGUGAAUCUUGUUUCACUUUCAUGUGGGUGCUUUUAACUAACGUAAUAUGGAGUCCUGCUGAACAUAAACCUUAUCUAGAUAGACUUGAUGAAAGGGUUCAAGACCUUCCUUCAGUAGAUAUAUUUGUGCCAACGGCGGAUCCGGUCAGGGAGCCACCGAUUCUAGUUGUGAACACCGUGCUGUCGCUGUUAGCUCUGAAUUAUCCGGCGAACAAAUUGGCAUGUUAUGUAUCAGACGAUGGAUGCUCACCUCUCACUUACUUCUCUCUCAAGGAAGCUUCUAAGUUCGCCAAUAUUUGGGUUCCUUUCUGCAAAAAAUACAACGUUAAAGUUAGAGCUCCCUUUAGAUAUUUCUUGGACCCUUUAGCCACUUCAAUGGAUUCUGAAUUCACUAAAGACUGGGAAAUAAUGAAGAGAGAGUACGAGAGGUUAAGCCAGAAAGUGGAAGAUGCCACUGGAGAUUCGCAAUGGUUAUAUUCAGACAAUGAUUUUGAAGCUUUCUCAAAAACAAUACCAACUGAUCAUUCAAACAUAGUUAAGGUGUUAUGGGAGAAUAAGGAUGGUGUGGGUGACGAGAAAGAGGUCCCUCAUCUUGUAUACAUUUCAAGAGAGAAAAGACCAAAUUACUUUCAUCACUACAAAGCUGGAGCCAUGAACUUUCUGGUAAGAGUUUCAGGGUUGAUGACAAAUGCACCAUACAUGCUGAAUGUAGACUGUGACGUGUACGCAAAUGAAGCAGAUGUGGUGCGAAAAGCAAUGUGUAUAUUUUUGGAAGAAUCAAUCAAUCCAAACAAUUGUGCUUUUGUUAAAUGCCGCCUCGAUUUCUAUGAUAAUAACUCCGAUGAAGUCAUCAUCAUGCAAUCAUAUUUGGGACCAGGAUUUUCGGGAAUCCAAGGACCGAUGUAUACAGGGACAGGAUGCUUCCACACUAGAAGAGUUAUGUACGGUUUAUCUCCGGAAAAUUUAGAAGAUGAUGGAAGUCUUUCUUCAGCUGCUACAAGGAAGUUCUUGACUGAAGAGAGUUUAGCGAAAGAAUUUGGAAAAUCUAAAGAGAUGGCGAAAUCAGUGGUUGGGGCAUUACAAAGAAAACCAAAUCUCCAAAAUAUCCGUACAAAUUCCAUAGAAGCAAUCAAAGAAGCUGGAAAUAUUUAUUAUGAACAUCAAACCAGCUGGGGAAAAACCGUUGGUUGGUUAUACGAUUCAAUAGCGGAAGAUCUGAGCACGAGUAUUGCAAUCCAUUCAAGAGGAUGGACUAGCUCAUACAUUUCUUUAGAUCCACCGGCUUUUCGAGGAAGCAUGCCGCCGGUAGGACUAGAAACAUUUCCCCAGUGGCGGCGAUGGGUGACGGGUGGGCUCGAAGUCUUCUUCAACAAAGAAAGUCCGUUGAUCGGAAUGUUUCACCAAAAACUAAGAUUCCGACAACGAUUGGCUUAUCUUUCUAUUUCCAUGGCGGGUCUAUAUUCACUCCCUAUGCUAUUAUAUUGUUUAUUGCCCGCUUAUAGCCUACUCCACAACUCUUCCUUAUUUCCCAAGGUGCCCAAGGUGUUUUGUUUAGGUAUAACUAUCACACUUGUUGGGAUGCAUUGUCUUUACACUCUACGGCAAUUUAGGAUGAGCCCUGAUUGUUUUGUACUAUCAUGGUAUGUUCCCAUGUUUGGUUCCUUAUUUAGCGUCCAUGAUAUCACACUCAAGCUUCUUGGAAUCUCAAAAACCGUUUUCAUAGUCACCAAAAAAACUAUGCCUAAGACUAAGUCAGGAUCUGGAGGCCCAUCUCAACUGAAAGAUAAUGGUCUUAACGUAGAUUCGUGUAGUUCUGAAUUCGAUUGCUCGCUGUUUUUCUUGCCUGGUACAUUCAUUUUGUUGGUGAAUCUAGCCGCUUUAGCCAAUCUUUUGAUGGGCCUACAACUAAGGAGGCGUAGUGACAAAGGAGGUGGCUCGGGUUUGGAAGAGGUUUGUGGAUGUGUGUUUAUGGCUACGUUGUUCCUUCCAUUUCUAAAGGGUUUGUUCGAGAAAGGAAAAUAUAGUAUCCCAUUAUUUACUUUUUCUAAAGCUGCUUUUUUAGCAGUUUUGUUUGUUGUUUUCUCUAUAGGAAAGUAGUAUUGUCUUCAUAUGGAUUUGUUAUGCAACUAAACCAAGUUUAUCAUGGCAUUGUCUCAAUUAAUAAAUCGUCUAUAUGCAAAUCGUUUGUACAUUUCCUUUUCCAAUUUAGUAUCGUGAUGUAUUUGUUAUGCAACUAAAUUAAGUUUAUC